AUGAGGUUUCAAGUUGGUGAACGAUUAGUAUUAGAAAAUGAAUAUUGUACUGUUAAAUAUUAUGGGUUUAUCGAUGCAUGGCCAAAUAUACCAACUUAUGGUAUUGAGUGGGAUACAGUUACUCGAGGGAAAAACUCAGGCUCGUUAAAUGGUAAAAAAUAUUUCUCAGUAUCUCAUACCGGCGCAGGCUCUUUUAUUAAGGAAACAAAACUUACUAGACUUGUUUCCAAACGUUACUCUUUUUCAAAUGCUACAAAAGCCAGAUAUGGAGACUCACUAAAAAGUAUUGGCGAAAUAAAGUUUGGGAGUAAAGCCUGGGAAGGCUAUGGCUUUGAAAGGUUAACAGAACGAAACAACAACAUUAGUGAACUAGAGACUGUAGUACUACAUGCUUCGUCUAUAUAUGACACAUUAUUGCCUGAUACUAAAGAUGCUUCAAACAAUUCUGAGGUUAUAUUUUUAAAGACGUACUGCUGUAAUAUCAAAACUUUAGAUUUAUCGUCUAACUUGUUCCAUAACUUUGAAACAAUAUGCGAGAUUAUAAGCUACUUACCAAAGUUAAAAAAGGUGGAUUUAUCUUGUAAUAGAUUCAACGAGUUUCCUAAUUUUCAAUUCUCUAAUUAUAAUUUUGAGCGUAUUGAAAAUUUAAACCUUUCUUCAUGUAAAUUACCUCAGUCAAUUCUAUUGAAUAUAAUCGAGUCGUUUCCGAAUCUAAAAGUCUUGAAUUUGACAGAUAAUGACAUUUCAGACACUGUAUUAGAGAAAAUUAAUUUUCCAAAAACUUUGAAGAGUUUAACACUGUCAAAUAAUUUACUCCACAAAUUCCCCAAGAUUGAUGCCCACACUUUAACGAAUUUAAAAACACUAAAUAUACCAUCUAAUAAGUUAGAAAGGUUAGAUGCUUCUCAGUCAAACGUAUUACAGAAUAUAGAUAUUUCAGAUAAUAAGAUUAAAAGCAUGUCAUUUUUAGAUAAAUUGAAUGAGCAAUUCCCUAACUUAUUGUCUUUACGCUGUAAUGUUGAGGAUCUUUUUAAGAUUACUUCUGAUGUAAAAUCAGAUGACUACCGAGAUGCUAAGCAUAUCUUUAUGGAAAUUAUUGCAAGAUUUAAUUCAAUUAAUACCUUAGAUGGAUCUAUGCUUGAUAACAAUAUCCGCCAGGAUGCUGAAUUAUAUUUUUUAUCUCAAGUACAACAUAAUAAAAUAAAAUUUCCUGAAGGUCUACGAUGGAAAGAAUUAUGCCAAAAAUACAAUAUUAAGGCAACUAAUAAUAAAUUUAAGCUUCUACCAAAAUUAGACCAGUCAAUCAUCAGGCUUCGAAUAGCCUCUGAUUCUAAUCAAUUGAUCAAAGAAGAAGAGAGUAUAAUUGUACUUGAGUCAGCCUCGAUAAGAUAUUUAAAAGGAAUUAUUUGUCGGAGGUUGAACUUAUGUAUAUACAAUGUGGACUUAUCGUAUAAACUAUCAACAGGGGUGGUAGGGAAAUUUGACAAAGAAUUUUAUCUCAUAAGAGACUUUAAUAUCCAAGAUAAUGACCUAAUUAUUAUUAGUCUUAAAUCGGAGGGUGUAAAAACAAAAUAA